AUGGUGGCCAAGUCGAUCGAAGUGAUGGGCGUGAUAAUGAACUACCCCCGCCGCAAGUUCGCCUCGUACGCGCGAAUCCUGUUGCCCGCGCUCGACUUGUUCCAGCUGCACGCGCUGCCGAUCGAUGCUAUGAUGGACGAGCUCAAACUGACCAUCGAGGCCGCGACCAACAAAGUACCCGCGUCCCUCGCCCAAGGCGGCAUCUAUCGCUGUAUCGCCAAGCAGAAUAAAAACGUGUCGGACGCGACUCCGGACAUGGGGCUCAAGAAGGCGGGUGUCGAGGCCAUGGUCACCCUAGUCACGUCGUCGCUGCAAGCUGGUCGCAUGGUCAAAGCUACCCUGGACGUACUGGAAAAACACCAGCCGCGAAGUUUCAAAGCGUUCGAAUCGGCGAUGGUAUAUGUUGGUGUGCACUGGGAAGCAGCAGAGGACCGCCGGCCGUCAUACGUCCCGAAGCAACAAGCGAGUUCUGCGCCCCAGCCGUCGACGAUAACGUCCGUGCCGAAACACGCCAAGACGCCGUCCGCCGCCUCACUCGCGCGCGCCAGCUCUAGUAGUGGAGCGGCAUCGAAACAACCAACGAAACCUGCCACCAUGUCGUCCUCGUCUUCCUCUCUCAUUCGCGCCAAAGCGGCACACGGCGGCGGCAUUCCCGAAAGCAAACUUGUCCCGCACGUCUACCAAACCUUCACCGCCAAAUCAGUGGCAUUGGAAGAACCAGCGCGGGAGUCGCCUCUGUCUGCGAUACUACCUCCUCCGAACCCAAGGUUGAAACCACAUCCGAACCCCGGGAUCGCCAAUCCCCCCAACACGCAUGCGUCGUCGCCUCGUGAUGGUCCUGGGUCCGACGCUAAUUUCGCACGAUCGUGCGGCCGGAAAGGCCGCGCUCAAGUUGCUCUACGCUCUCUCGGGACCGGGGAUGAUGUGUUCAUCGAGCGGGUGCUGCUGGAGGCGUGCGCGGACAUGGACGGCGCGGAGGCGACGUCGUCCAAUUGGAUCAGGGUCGCGCUCAACAAACUGAUCAUGAUUGUAUACUAG